AUGAAAUUGGUACUUCCUCUACUUCUCUGCAUUUCGCUAUCGUUUUGCUUUCAGCAAUACUGUAAGUGCCAAUGCAAUGAUCGUGUUCUUGUGGAGAAAAUCGAUAAAUGUGGCUUGUGCACUAAGGAAUGGUGUCUAGAGCAGAAGAGCGACUUGUGUGUGGACGUGGAGCAGGACAUCAUCAUCAGUUGCUUCCAGGUGGAGUCUUUGAAGGAGAAGGUUGUUGUUUGUUUGUUUUUGGUUGGUGUUGCGGCGCUCUUGGUGCGGUCCUUCUUGCCAUAA